AUGGAGGACUCAGCCAAGGAUCGCCGUCCCCACAUCAACACCGCCAUCUUCAAUCAAGCUAUACCUCCCAAAUACCCGUCCGCGUCCUAUCUCCCGUCUCGCUCGUCGCAGAACGCAUUCCAGACAACGGAUGCGUCACCUUCGCCCGACACUGCUGUCCCUACAGGCGGCCGCUGGCGCUUCAACAACAGUGGCCAGCUUGUCGAUAAAGACGCCGAAGCUGCUUCUUGGGAGCUUGCCGAUGAAAUCGUUCGCUUGAAGAUCAGCAACGGUAUUGAUAGUGGUGACGACUUGCACAGCGCGAUUCGCACGCCGCCCAAGAACAAGGGUGCUGCCGCGAUCGUCCAAGUACACGAGACCAGUCCUCUGGAGACUUCCUCUGACGCCAGCAUCGACUCCGGCUCGUCGCCCAAUCCCUCGGACCAGCAUCUCAACAUCGCGUCGCACUCUCGCGAGUCGUCGACCGACACAGCCUCGUCGAGCCGACUUUCCGGGAAUAACAACACGUUGCAGUCGCAGAGUCUCAAGGUCAACACGAGCGAACAUCGGGAUCGUCCGCACUCCUUCAGUGGCGGCCUUUCGAGCGCGGACCUUCGCCGCCUGCAGACCGCUGGCGACAAUCCUUCGGACGGUAACCAGGACCAGUGGGGCUCUGGCAUCAUGUCCGCUGUCGACAGACCUGAGCAGACGACAUACCCGUCGCUGACUGGCUAUGGAGCUCCUCAAGGAUCGAGGCACGGACCCUCGCGUCAGGACGAGUUCCAAGUCGACUACGCUAUUCCACAGCGCCAGUACCAGUCCGACGAUACCCACGGCCAGAACCCCACUUUCCCCGGUUCGCGAAACGUCAACGCUAUGCCCUCUUACCGCCCUCAACCUCAGCCCCAGCAGCCUCGUGGCUUCAACCCUCAGAUGCAGGGUAUGGUUCCGAAUGCCGCGAACGUUGGCUACGGUGCUCCGGCUCCUUCCCAUACGUCUCAUCUCUCGCUCGGCAGUACCCAGCAGCUGUAUGACAUGAUGGUCCCGCUCCACGACAACCCCGCUCUCGCUCGUGUCCAACAGCAGCACAACGUGUUCCGUCCCGCUCACCAGCACUCGACGUCCGAUCCCCUGCACCUCCGUGAGGCUGCCGCCGCGAUGAUGAAUGGCGGUAUGGCUCCGUUCGCCGCGCCUGGGAUGUAUCCUGCUGCUAUGCCCCCGCAGGCGAUGGGGAUGUAUCCUAACCAGUUCUACCCUCCGCAAGACGGUUACCAAAAUCCCGGCGUCGCCGCUCAGGUCAUGGCCGCUGCUCGUCUCCAAUCUCAGUACCCUGGGUACGGUGUCGGCAUGCCCGCGCAGGAGCUUCAGUCGGGCCUGACCAGCCCCAGUGGUAGCUUGAAUGGAUCGCUUUCCGUCGACCCCAGCGGCAACGGCCCGAGCGCUAACAACCGCAAGUUGGGGCUGUACAAGACUGAGCUGUGCAGGAGCUGGGAGGAGAAGGGUACUUGUCGUUAUGGACCGAAGUGUCAGUUCGCGCAUGGUGAGGAGGAGAUUCGCAAGGUGUCUCGCCACCCUAAGUACAAGACCGAGAUCUGUAGGACCUUCUGGGUGUCUGGCUCGUGUCCCUAUGGCAAACGUUGCUGCUUCAUCCACACUGAGCUCCCUGCUUCUGGUGCUCCGCCUGGCGCGGAUGGUGCCCCUCCUCCGAAGGUGACCGAGGCCACUCGCAGUCGCUCAGACAGCGACUCCAACGAGCCUCCGGUCUCGCUCCUCGCCCGCAUCUCGGCCAAGCGCAACCAGGACAACACCAACGCCGCCGCGAACGCCACACCGACGAACACCCACUCGAACGACUCGUCUCCCAAUGGGUACCAGUCUGGUUCGCGUCCGCCCACCGGAGCUCUUCGGGUCGAUACCUCGUCGCUUGACCAGCCCAACCUCAAGCACCAGAACAAGUCUGCGUAUCCUUCGUUCGCCGCGAACGGGGUCUUGUUCGCCAAUGAGACGUCGGGCAAUAGGUCGCCCGGUCCCGUCACGGCUGGUCCUGAUCUGGGUCCCCGCUCGAGGCCUGACUUUGCUUCGUACACGCAGACGCAGUCGCGCUUGAACAACAGCACCAGUUCCUCCAACUCUAAUAUUCGCCACUCGUACACCGGGUCAAACGAAAUGAACACUCCUGCUGCGUCAGGCCACACUUCUCCCUUCCCCGGCGAGAACGCGAACAAUAGCACGGGGCGCGUCGGUGGCCACUCUCGGGGCUCCAGCGUCGGGAACUGGGGUGGCGUCUCGCGUAGCGGUCAUCUCGCCGCUCCCUCACCCUUCGGUGGGCCUCAGUCUGCCAACCCGGGUGCUGAGGUUCAGGCGAGGUACAACACGCCGUGGUUGUCGCCUGAAGUUGGGCCGUCGCGAUAUGCUGAGAAGGGCUGGGCGUAA